CCGAUGACGCGGAGCGCGGGAAAGUUGGAUCUGAGGCGAGUCGGUUAUUAAAGAUGGCUAUGAGGAGUGAAAGCAGAGUGGAGCUGGAGGCAGAGGUUGAAGAGGAGGAGAGUUUUGGACCACAGCCGCUGAACCGUCUGGAGCAGUGCGGUAUCAGUGCCAGCGACCUGAAGAAGCUGGAGGAUGCUGGCUUCCACACCAUCGAGGCCGUGGCGUACGCCCCCAAGAAAGAGCUGCUCAACAUCAAGGGCAUCAGUGAGGCCAAAGCCGACAAGAUCCUGACGGAGGCCGCUAAGCUGGUUCCUAUGGGUUUCACCACGGCGACCGAGUUCCACCAGCGCAGAGCUGAGAUCAUCCAGAUUUCCACAGGAUCCAAAGAGCUGGAUAAGCUUCUGCAGGGUGGAAUCGAAACGGGUUCCAUCACAGAGAUGUUCGGGGAGUUCCGUACUGGAAAGACUCAGCUGUGCCACACGCUGGCGGUCACCUGCCAGCUGCCUAUCGAUCAGGGCGGAGGGGAAGGGAAAGCCAUGUACAUCGACACAGAGGGCACCUUCCGUCCAGAGAGGCUUCUGGCCGUCGCUGAGAGGUACGGGCUGGUGGGCAGUGACGUCCUGGAUAACGUAGCUUACGCUCGAGCCUUCAACACCGACCAUCAGACGCAGCUGCUGUACCAGGCCUCGGCUAUGAUGGCAGAGUCCAGAUAUGCGCUGCUGAUAGUAGACAGUGCCACAGCGCUGUACAGGACGGAUUAUUCUGGAAGAGGGGAGCUGUCGGCUCGGCAGGGCCACCUGGGACGCUUCCUCCGCAUGCUGCUGCGCCUCGCUGACGAGUUUGGUGUUGCGGUCGUCAUCACUAAUCAGGUUGUAGCUCAGGUGGACGGAGCAGCCAUGUUCUCUGCAGAUCCAAAAAAGCCCAUCGGAGGAAACAUCUUAGCACACGCCUCCACUACCAGGCUGUAUCUGAGGAAGGGAAGAGGCGAGACCAGAAUCUGUAAGAUCUACGACUCUCCCUGUUUGCCCGAGGCAGAGGCCAUGUUCGCCAUCAAUGCGGACGGAGUCGGAGACGCCAAGGACUGAGAGAGAGCGAGCCGGACGGUUUGGAUUCUCACUGAAACACAUGGCGAUGAGUUACACUCGCACUUCGCUCCGUCUCGGGAGGAAAUGACUCGUUAAUAAGCGAAGAGAAACUCGUAUAACAGUGUGCUGCUUUAACCUGUGGUUGACCUGGCGCUGCCUCCACGGUCGUGAGUCACCCUCCACGGAUCUGAUACGACAGUAUACGACGCACAGCCUGAUGUAAACAGAAGCAGCUCCUCUGAACUGACCUUUUGUUUACAUUCAAGUGAGAUUUAUGCAGAUUGUUGUCCAUAAUAAUGGAAUAAUGUCCAUAAUAAUACCGAACGCCUUUAAAGGAAUGGUUCACCCAAAAAUCUCAUUCACACAGUAAAUCCACCAGCGGAGACGUGUUUAGUGUUAGCACUGGAUGCUAAUGCAGCUAACAAGUAGCUUAAGCUGGUACCCCACUGAAUUGCAUCACGGCAACAUGCAAAUGUUUCUGAUACAUAUUUUAGGCCACGUUUAUAGAUGUAAUAAUAGUUUAUAGAGCGUAAUAAUAAGUCAUGAAGUGUCGUAAACAACGUAAGCGAGUCUGAGCUCAACGACUCCACAUGGUUUAAUGCGGAGUGAUGCGGUUAGCUUUAUGCUAAUUGUGGGAUAUAAGCUUUUAUUACUUGUUAGCCACAUUAGCCUCGUAGCUCCAGUGCUAAAACUAAAAAAUGGGAGAAAUUUGAUUCUCAAAUCAUUCUUUCACAGAAAAACAGCAUUUAUUUCUGCAGAGUCACAAACACACCUGCACAUUUUGCUCUUCCGGAGUUUAAUAAACACAGAUCAGUCCGGAAUAUCGGUCAGAUCCAUUUACUGUCCAGUGGUUGUAGAUAUUUUUACCCAUUUAUCUGUUUUACUAAUAAUGAAUGAAACUGGAAGUCUGGAGAGGCCAUGAGCUGUUACUAGAAUGUUCUGGAUUGUUAUCUUGAGGAUUUUUUUAGGAUUAUUUUGGUAUUUUGAAAUAAGAUAAAUAACUUAUCUCAAGAUAACUCAUCUUAAGAUAACGUUUAUCUCGAUAAGUAACUUAUUUCAAGAUAAUUUUGUCAUCUUGAGAUCACAAGAUAGUUAAUUAUCUUAAGAUAACUUUUAUCUUGAGAUAAGUAACUCAUUAUUUCAAAAUAAUUUUCUUUUGAAAUAACAAGAUAAAUAACUUUUAUAAAUAACAAUUUUGUCAUCCUGAGAUAACAAGAUAAUUAACUCGUUAUCUCAAAGUAACAGUCCAGAAAGUGGUCACUCCCUCGUGGCCUCUCUGGACGUCACUGUAUGAGUCAGCUGGCUAUUCACUUCCAUUCAUUGUUAGCAGUGUUAGCUUUGCUGGCUGAGCUGUUCCUUUAGAGGUUCCCCCCUCGUGUGUGUUUGUGGAUGAAGAGCAGUGGUGUGGCGCCCCCUGCAGGAUGAGAGUGAACCGAGAGUUCCUGUGUUUAAUGAAAUUAUUAACCCCUCCCUCCGCAGACAGACUUGCUUUCUCAUUCCUUUUUGGGUGGUGUAUUUAUCGGGUAAUUAGCAGUGAUUUAAUAUUGGCAUUAUUAUUUGUGUUCUUUCUUCUGUUUGUUCUCUUCUGCUACUUCUGUUUGAACUGUAUUCUUUCUGUACAUAAAAUACUCUGAACUGAACCUGUUUUAUUGUUUGUCAUGAUGUUUAUUAGGGGACACAAAGAGGCCAGCGGGAUGUUCUUUAAAUAAAAGGAGGAAAUUAUUUUCAAAAUUGGUCAAAUUUUCCCUGCUAUGUUAAAAUAAGCUGGGAGCUGUAUUUAAAGUCUGAUGACUUGUUUGUCAUAUUAAGAAUUUAUUUUAUUUACAAUAAUAACUUAUACAGUGUGGAUUUAAAUAUUACAAAGUAAUCACAAAAUGGUAUGUUUAUAUAUUUUAUUCAGUAUUUCUAAAAUUCAGUGAAUAAAGGAAUGAAAUUAUGCGUUUAGCUUUUGUUUGCUUUGAGAUUUGAUUACUUUUGAAAUAUACUCAGUUUUGAUAAGAACUUAAUUAUACAGCAUUCUGAGUUAUUGUAGGAUCGUCUACAGCUCUGCUCUUCUAUGGAGGACCCGAUCUGCCAAAAUGAAAAAUUAAUAAAAUU